AGCCAAUGGAAUUGCUGCGGGAGAGAACGCAGAAGCAGGGGAAAAAACGUUUACCACGCAAGCACGCAAGCACGCAAGCACGUUCGGACGGCACAGAACAUUCGUUUUAUUCCCUCUAGGAGCACAGGCCUCCAGAUGAUCAGCUGUUUCAGGCUGCAGCGAUUGCCAUAGCUUAUUGCCGCCUCACGCCGUAUUUCCCUGUUUGCUGCAAGAAGACCUUUACUUUCCUGGAUGCAGCUCUAAUGUCAGUUGCCAUGGAGAAGAUCAAGGAACAGUUUUCUAGCCUUCAAAUAGCAAAACGGUGUUCACUACCAGAAGACCCAUCUUACUUAUUGGACAUAGAUAUUUCAAGAGCAGAAGGCAGCAAUUUAGUGGCUGUUUCCUGCUCCAAUACAUCAAUCAGAGUUUACAACAGGGAGACAUUGUGCUUGCUACAAGAAUAUAAUAGCCCUCCUGCAUUGCUAAGUGAUGUCAGAUUUGCACAUACAAAUGAAAAUAUAUUAUUUUCAGCUGGCAGUGAUGGAUCAUUGAAGUGUUGGGAUAUUCGUUCAUCUGCCGUGAAGCCUGUACAGUUGUUUUCUGGCUCUCCUUCCAAUGUUUUCAUUAGCUGUGAUAUAAGCUGCAAUGACCUUGUAGUAUGUGCUGGCACAGAAAAAGUGAAAGAAGAUGCAUUCAUAAUGUUCUGGGAUGCGAGAGGCUGCCCAAACAGUGCCUCUUCUAGCAAAAAGCCACUAGGUGUCUAUUCAGAGUCUCAUAACGAUGAUGUUACUAAAGUAUGUUUUCAUCCCAACAAACCACAUUUGCUUGCUUCAGGCUCAACUGAUGGAUUGGUAAAUGUGUUUGAUAUUAACAAAGACAAGGAAGAAAAUGCUCUGGUUUCCACUUGUAACUCUGAUUCUUCCGUAAGUUUUAUUGGAUGGGCUGGAAAAGAUUAUUGGCAGGUUUACUGCAUGACACACGAUGAAGGGUUUUGUUAUUGGGAUCUUGCUGAGCUGGAUUCUGAAAAGUCAACUACAUUAUUACAUAUUCCAGACGUCAGAGAAGUAGAAAAUAUCAAACUGGAUUACUUAAUUGGGGGUGUUUAUCAUGAACAAGUGGACAAGUUGUUUGCAUUUGGAGGGAUGUCAACAGGAAGCAUUUGUCUCGUAGAGUGUUGUGCUCAAGGACUGAAUUCUGUGGGAAUACUUCAGGGAGGACACUCUGCUACCGUUCGUUCCUUCUGCUGGAAUAUGGUUGAUGAUUCUCUAUUUACAGGAGGAGAGGAUGCAGAGUUGUUGCUAUGGAAACCAGGAGCGGUAGAAAAAGCUAAGAAGACUUCUCUGAAAGCGGCUUCCUCUGUCAAUCAGCAAACAAAAGUUCAUCAACAUUCCUUGCAAACAAAAAAAAAGUAAAGAAAUGAAGAGUUCCAUUUUUAAUUCUUCUAAAGAGGUCUGUGUGUAUGUGCGUGUGUGUGUGUAGAACACAAAAGAGCGGUUGAAAUUUAAAGGCAAUUAAAUAUGGUAACUGUUGUGUAGACUAAAACCUAUUUUAUUUUGCACAAAAAUGUAUGCUGUAAUAAAUUUGUUUCUAUAGUGCAGCGAUACUUUUCCUGCUUGUAUGAAUUGAUGUUUCAAAAAGCUAUAGUUUUAAGUUUAUGCUUUCACCCUGAAUAUGUUUACCCAUUCAAUUGAAACCAAUAGGGUCCAAUUGGGUAGGAUUG